AUGGAAGCCCUUGCUGAGAAUGUCAUUGGGCUACUGGGCUCUUUAGCUGCCAAAGAGCUUGACCCUCUUUGCAACUUCCAAGAUGAUUUGGAGACUACGAAGAGGAAGGUCACUGGAAUCAGAGCCGUGCUUCGUGAUGCUAAGAGAAAGGCCACGAAAGUUGAAGCGAUCAAUGAUUGGCUACAGAAGCUGAGAGAUAUGCUGCUUGAUGCUGAAGACUUGUUGAAUACCUACUCCGCUGAGGAGCUAACAAGGGAAGUGAUGACCAAAGAUAAAAUGGCGAAGGAGGCACACAUAUUCUUCUCCAAAUCAAACCGACUUGUUUGUGCUCAUAAAAUGGGAUGGAAAAUUAGGGCAAUUAGGAAGAAACUAGACGAGAUUUCUGAUGAGGAGAAUUCAUUUCUAUUACAUGAGAGCUCUUUGAGUACUUCGAAUGAGUCUCAUGAAUGGAGACGAACCGACCUGUUUGUGAGCGAAGAAGAUGUUGUAGGGAGAGACGAGGAAAGAAUGCGUCUUGUUAGUACCCUUUUAAACUCUAAUCUUAAAAAUGAUGUCUCGGUAGUUCCCAUAGUUGGAAUUGGAGGAUCGGGAAAAACGACACUUGCUCAACAAGUGUAUAAUGAUGUGGCUAUCAAAAAUCAUUUUGAGGUUAUGACGUGGCUUUUUGUAUCUGAUAAAUCCCAUGCACUUAGCAAUAACAUGUUAGCUAAAAAGAUUAUUGAGCAGGAAACACCUGCUAAGGCGCAUCAAGCAUCCCGAGAGCUGAGACAUAAAAUUGAGGGGAAAUUUCUUCAACUUGUGUUAGAUGAUGUUUGGAAUAUUAAGGAUCGUGGGGAAUGGCUUAAAUUAGAAAACUUGUUCAGGGCUGGAAGAAAAGGGAGUAUGAUCGUUGUCACUACAAGCAGUGUGGAAGUGGCAGAUACAAUAGGCACGCAUCCGCCUCUUUCCUUGAAAGAUUUGGAUGAAGGUAACUCUUGGGAGCUAUUUUGUAGAGUGGUUUUUGGGGAUGGGAAAGAACCUUAUGAUCACAAGUUGGUGGGGAUGGAAAAGGAUACACUACAAAAAAAUUGA